CGCAUCGUUAUUUGUGUUCUGGUAACAUUCCCCCAUUCGAUAUGGAAAUGUGCCCAAUUUUGAAGAAGGUAGCAGCGUAUAACUCCUGACUUGGUUUCCGUCCCAAUAGGAUCGGCGAGUACGAUAUUAAAUUCGAUGUGAGUGCAAUUGUAGGCAGUCGGCCAGGAAUGGAAGAUCGUUGGAACGUGGCUUUACAUAGUCAAGGUCACGCCGCAAUUUUCGCAGUAUACGAUGGUCACGGCGGCUCCCAGGUGUCAACUUAUCUCAUGGAAAAUCUUUCGCAGACAAUACUUCAAGAUCCAACUCUUUUGUCUGACCCGGUUGGCGCUCUGAAGCGCUCCUUUGCCACAUGCGAUCAUGCCGCCACGGAGGAAAAUCCAAAAAGAAAUCCACUGUCAUCUAGCCCCGGGCCGGGAUCAACAGCUGUUGUGCUUCUUAUUCUUCCACCGCGUUUACUUGUGGCAAAUGUUGGAGACUCGCGAGCAACGUUUGUCAACCGAGAUGGUGAAAUAGUUUUUGAAACCGUGGAUCAGCGUCCGACCUGCCCAACAGAAAUUUCUCGCUUGCGCGAUCUUGGUGGAAAAAUACGAUGCGUCAAUGGGGUAACUCGAGUAUCUGGAAUACUUGCCGUAUCUCGUGCCUUCGGGAAUGCGGGACUGAAACAGUUCAUCAAGGCUGAGCCUGAAGUGACAGAUAUUGAUUUGGACAAAAUUGACACCUGCAUAGUCUGCUCAGAUGGUGUGACGGACGUCGUCGAUUCUCCAGAAGCGGUUGAUUUUUUGCUGCGGUCGUCGCAGAGGUCUUCCGCCUACUCCAAUGCUCACGCCAUGGACCCAGUCGAUCAGAAUGGCAGGAAACAGGAACACAGCUGGCAUGGAAAACGAAGGUCAGGUCAUUUUCUUGAUGGAGAACCGGACAAGUUUUCCGCAAUUUCUUUGCUUGGGCCAAACAAUGGACGAGGCGCUGCGAAACGUCUCACGACACUGGCAAAAACGCGUCAUAGUACGGACAAUAUAACGGCGCUGUUAUUGAGCGUGAGUAAAAGGACCAGUGCGGCCUGUGGCUACAACCUGCGAUCACGGCAGAAAAGCCCGAGCGAUAUGGACUCAAACAAGGAUAUCAAGCGCAGCAGGACUGAUGCAUGCAAAACUUAACCUCGAUGUGUUCUCCUUUUCACGCAUACUCCAGCAUUGUCAUGCUUUUUGAUACUUGAUUGUGUCGCAAAGUGCAGUGUGCAGCUUAAGGAAUGGCGCCGCCUGAGCAAAGUUUUGUCUGUCACGAAGGUACAAGAAAACUGCAACGUUUGUGCGGAGCCCUGGUAGGUUUGCAAUGAUCCACGUGCAUGGGAUGGCAAUCCACGUGUUUUUGACUGGCUCGUUGUCGACGCAACUAUACCUAUGUCGUUAUUUCUUUCGUUGAAAAAUCUGAUGAAUUUCGUUUAAAUUUGUUAAGAUGUAGUACCUUGUUAAUUGGUUUUCCUCGAGAGCUGCACACAAAACAUGAGGCCAACCAUGGGCAUCACAAUCAUCGUCAAUCGUUACCUUUCUUUCUCGAGAAUUGCACUGCGGUCGUUAUGUGAUGCUACGGAUCUUGGUAUCUGUUUCAAAAGUGCAUUUAUAUAAACCAACUAAACACUGCGAGCAAGUCUCACAUCAAGGAGACCAUUCCUGUCUGUUCAACUAAGGUAAUGACGUGUUGAGACCAUUGAUUCACAUGCAAUUGUUUUGAGGAGAAAAUCCCACCUAUCAGAUUUUCAUAUCCAGUCGCCUUCCUGCAGCUUCAGUGGAAGAUAGACCUCUGACAGAUACUGAAAACCGUAACUACUCAAAGCCUGAAUCUCAGCCUUUGUCUUUGAUGCAAGCAUCAUCUUAACCUCACGCACCCACUUUGGAUUCUGCUGGAUGAAAUCCUCAUUCAGCAUGUGGUGCCCAGUCUCAAUAUCUUUCUGGCUCAUUUCGAGCCGGCACUGCUCAGGAAUCUUGAACUUGUCUAAGUCGCUUGGUCGCACACCGAGCCAUUUGAUGUCUGGCGUGGUAAGGUUUGCAGAAUCAAAUGCCAUGUUUUUGGAUCCUUGCAUGUACACAGAAAUAAUUUUCAGCCCAUAGGGGUCCGCAUCAACAAGGGCAAGCACAGGGAUGCGUAGAUCGCGCUUUAACUUUGACAAGAAUAAUCGAGUCGCCACAUCGGGCUGACCUUUCGCAGUAAUUAUUAUGCAAGGAAAUCUGUUGU